AUGAUUUUGUUUUUGCAGAUGUUCUCAAAUAGCGAUGAAGCUGUAAUCAAUAAAAAACUUCCCAAAGAACUCUUAUUACGGAUAUUUUCUUUUCUGGAUGUCGUUACCUUGUGUCGCUGUGCUCAGGUCUCCAGGGCCUGGAAUGUUCUGGCUCUGGAUGGCAGUAACUGGCAGCGAAUUGACCUGUUUGAUUUCCAGAGGGAUAUUGAGGGCCGGGUAGUGGAGAAUAUUUCAAAACGAUGUGGGGGUUUUUUACGAAAGUUAAUCUGUGGGUGUCUUGGAGUAGGAGACAAUGCAUUAAGGACUUUUGCACAAAAUUGUAGGAAUAUUGAAGUACUGAAUCUAAAUGGGUGUACAAAGACUACAGAUGCGUAA